AGUAUCGUUCACACGACAGCUCUUUUAUGCGUAUUGCGUAUAACGUAUUACGUUCUUUGUUUACGUUUUUCCUACGUAAAUUUCAUUUCGUUUUUUACGAACCAAAAUUUACGAUAAAAUCUUCGUAGUCUGUUCACACUGCAGUACUCUGCACUUACAUAUCAGUGAACAAUGACAUGAUGCGUGAUUCAUCCGAUGAAGAAAUUUCUAAUUAUUUCGAUAAUGACGAUCAAGAAAAGGAACAAAUUCGUCGUCAAAACACCUUGGAAGUGUGGCGUUGGAAGGCCAAGGCUGCUUGUUUGUUGUACCUAUUGUUAAAACGUCGUCGUAGGAGGUUGUCAGCUAAUAAUCUUCGACCUGCUGGUAAAUUAUGGACAAGGUUUCAUAAUUCAGAACCUGAACGAGAGAAACAUUCCUUGUAUACUACUAUUCUACUUGCAGAGAAGAGUUUGGCAGACGGCUUCACCUUCAGGAACAUUACUCGUAUGUCACCAACCUUGUUCAACAAAUUGCUGUGCAUGGUAGGCCCUUCAUUGUUCAAAAAAGACACCAACAUGAGACGUUCUAUCCCAGUUGGUAAAAUUAGAAUUUUAGAAAUCAUUAAACUUCAAAUGUUAAGUAAUUAUUCAAUUAAUAAAACAGAGCAACGAUUGGCAUUGACUCUGAGAUUCCUCGCAUCAGGAGACUGUAUGCGAUCUCUUUCAUAUUCCUUCCGGAUAGGCCAUUCCACUGUUUCUGAAAUAGUGAACGAAACAUGUAGAAUAAUGUACGAGAUCCUUGAUCCUACCUAUUUGCAAUUGCCAGAUACAAAUAUGUGGAAACUAAUAUCAAAUUACUUUUCCAAAAUUUGGAACUUCACAAAUUGUGUUGGGGCUGGAGAUGGAAAACACUUCGCCAUGCAAUGCCCUAACAAUGGUGGCUCCAACUGGUAUAACUACAAAGGGUUCCAUAGCAUGGUGAUGUUUGCCGUUUGUGAUGCAAAUUACUGUUUCAUUGCUGUUGACAUUGGGGCUUAUGGCAGAGAGGGCGAUGCGAGUAUAUUUGCAUCAUCACAAUUUUCGAAAUACUUGGAUAACGGUUGUUUGGGUAUUCCAGGACCAUCAAAACUUGUUUACUCAGAUAGUUUAUCCCCUUACGUCUUUGUAAUGGAUGAUGCAUUUCCAUUGAAAAAAAAACAUAAUGAAGCCAUAUCCCGGCCGAAGCACAGGAUCAUUAACGAAAGAAGAACUAAUAUUCAAUUACAGGUUGUCUCGUGCAAGAAGAACUAUUGAAAAUGCUUUCGGAAUUGUCACCAACAAAUUGCGCAUUUUCCGCAAACCGAUGAUUGGAAGCCCUCAAAAUGUUGAAAAUUACAUAAAGGCAGGUGUUGUCUUGCACAAUAUGCUGAUUCGCGUAGAUAGCCGCUUCUACUUGGUUAACCAAAAACUACCGGAUCAUUUUGAUGUAAAUGGAGUUUUAAUCGAAGGUGCCUGGAGGACGGACAAUACAAUGACAUCAAUGUUUCGUGACUUGCGGCCAGGAAAAGGAAUCAACUAUCCAACUGUCGCCAAAAACAUUCGCGAUCAGUUUACAAAAUAUUUUUCAAAUGAAGGUGCAGUGCCAUGGCAGAGGGUCAUUGUCGAAGAUACAGGCAGAAUUUCUGAGGAGGAAGGUUAAUGAAAAUUAACUACGAAUAGUUGCUCGAAAUGAUUUGUAUUGCUGAGAUCAUUGAUGUUUGUAAUAACGAUGAGCAACGUAAUACAAUCAUUUUGUUUCAUUGCAAUCUC